AUGUGUACGCUGGAUCUGAUCAAACGAUGCAUAAAUUCCCACUCAGAACAUCCCCGCUUACAAGCGUUCAUAACACAUGGCGGCUACAACAGCAUAAUGGAGGCAGCACGAUCUGCAGUACCGCUUAUUACAAUACCGUUUUAUUUUGACCAAGUAAGGAACAGCCGUGCCGUUGAAAUGAACGGCUGGGGAAUUCCAGUGAAUCGAUUCUCCCUUCGUGGUAAUACAAAUGCUAUCUAUCAAGCACUGCAUGCUAUUCUCAGCGAUCCCCGG